AAAGGACUUGUAGUGAUAAAUUCAGAACGUAGACAGAAAUUUUAGUAUUCUUUUGGUUUUUAAGAUAUUUUAUAUAAAUUAACAGUUAAUAAGUUUAUACAAAAUGUCCAUAUGGAAAAAAAAAUGUUUCAAGAAAAAGAAGAAGGAGGAACCAGUGGUCGAAGAAGAAACAGAUGAGUCUAAAAAUAAGACGUCCUCAAAAACUGAAGACGACAGUAAAGUUUCGGAUGAGGUAAUACCUCCACCCCCGUUAGAGGGGGAAAUGGCAACAUAUUUUCACAUCGGUGGAUGGGCCAAGGAAUGUUUGAUAACCGGCUAUAAAAUUGGUGCCUGGCAUUUUGACUGUACCACUCAACUAACCGACAAACUUGGCAUAUAUAGUUUUGGCAACGGCAAGCCCAACUAUUACGGUGUCUCCGGCGGAGUUGGUCUUCGCGAGAAGUUAGGCAUCUUCCAUAUGUGUCAGGCUUACCAUACCAAUGCCUACGUCGGUGCGUUUGGAGUGCGUUCCACAGUCGUCGGCUGUUUAGCCAAUGCCAUGCUGCGCGGAACAUACGGUCCCCACGACGAACCUGAAGUAACGCUUGAUCUACAUACGGGUUUAGAGCGAUCACCCAUCAAAAUGGAUGUGAUCGUACCAAUUUUGAAGUCACCGAAACUAAUGGGCUAUGUGGUUCUACAACCGCUGCAGAACUAUUUAUUGGGCUAUCGAGCGGUCUACGACUUUGACAAUAUGGGCUUUGACAUGCACGCGUUAUGCGUGGGCUUUAAUAACGGUAGCUCCGAAUUGAGCCUAAAAUUAGAGAACUUCAAGGAGCUUCGAGGCUCGAUAUUCCAGCGCAUUGGCGAACGCUGGGCCGUUGCCUUAAAGGCGAAUAUUUACGGUGAAAAUGAAAAGCAAUUUGCCAUUGGAGGCCAGUACAAAAUCCAAGACAAUGCACUGUUAAAGGCCAAGGUGCGCGACGAUGGCUUUGUGGGAAUGGUCUACCAGGUUAAUGUCAGCGAGAAUAUAGGUAUUAUGUAUCACGUUGGUUUAGAAGUCGGCUCGCCUAUCAAUGGCGACCAUAAAGUUGGUAUAUCAUGGAGUAUAAAGGGUUGAAACCCUUUUGUGUACUAUGUAGCAGAAGGUUGUUGCAGUUGAGUAUGUAGCAGAACGUUUGGUCAGAGCCUCCACCAGAUUAAUGAGGCCUCGACUGUGCCGAUGCUGAAACUAUUUUAAAGAAAAUUAAAUUGUUCAUUAAAAUCGUUUUGGCAA